GUGUGCGUGUGUGUACACGCGCAGCCAGAGAGCGCGCUCCGCUGACAAACACACAGAUCGGUUUAACUCAGUUGUUGGCGCUCAGCGGUGAUUAGCCCGGUUCGACCAGAAACAUCAGCAUGUCGUCCCAGGACCAGAACCAGGACCAGAAGCAGGACCAGGACCAGGACCAGAAGCAGGACCAGAAGCAGGACCAGGACCAGGACCAGGACCAGGACCAGAAGCAGGACCAGGACCAGGACCAGGACCAGGACCAGGAUCAGGACCAGAAGCAGCAGCAGAACCAGAAGCAGAACCAGGAGCCGAGACAUGAGAAGGAUGCAGCGAAGGAGGAGGUGAAGGAGGAGGUGAAGGAGGAGAAGACCGAGGAGAAAAAUGAGAACACGGAGGAGAAGAAAGGGGAGAAAACGGCGGAAAAAACGGAGGAGAAGGAGCAGAAGAAGGAGAGCAAGAGGGAGGAGAAGAAGGAGGAGAAGAAAGGCUCCUGGAAGGAUUUCAUCUACAACCCGAGGACCGGAGAGUUCCUGGGCCGAACCGCCAGCAGCUGGGGUCUCAUCCUCCUGUUCUACCUCGUGUUCUACGGCUUUCUAGCAGGAAUGUUUUCUCUCACCAUGUGGGUGAUGUUACAGACUCUAGAUGAAAAUGUUCCCCGUCAUCAGGACCGAGUCUCUAGUCCAGGUUUAGUGGUUCGUCCUCAUGCACUGGAAAUCUCCUACAACCGCACAGACCCAACAAACUACAAUCAGUACACCCAACAGCUGCACGAACUGCUGCAGUAUUACAACGACAGCAUCCAGGAGCAGAAUGACUUGUGUCUGGUUGGUGAAUACACUGAACAGGAUCACGAGCCUGUAAAGAAAGUCUGUCAGUUUAAACGCAGUAUGUUGCGUCAGUGCUCCGGUCUGCCCGACGGCAGCUUCGGGUUCGAAGAGGGGAAACCCUGCAUCAUUAUCAAGAUGAAUCGGGUGAUUGGCCUGAAGCCAGAGGGAGAUCCCUUCAUCAACUGUACUGCCAAGAGAGAUACUCCUCUACAGAUGCAGUACUUCCCUCCUGAAGGCCGUCUGGAUAAAAUGUUUUUUCCCUACUAUGGGAAGAAGGCUCAUCCGGACUACGUCCAGCCGCUGGUGGCCGUCAAGCUGCUGCUGAGGAAAGAGGACUACAAUGUGGAGCAGACGGUGGAGUGUAAAGUUGAGGGUUCCAACCUGCGUAACAGCGACGAUCGGGACAAGUAUCUGGGUCGCGUCACUUUCCGGGUCCGAGUGUCCGAGUAACCUGAUGGACCGGUUGCCAUGGACACCACAGACUGGUUGGAAAUAAGCUCCAGUUUAGGACAUUUUUUAACACAGACUUGAUCUGAUUCUGCUCUUCUGAAUCCGGUUCUUCCUGCUUAGAUUCUGAUGAGGGAAACAAACCUGGAGCUCACUCAGUCCUGGUUCGCAGCUCGUCCACUCUAAGUGGAGGUUUACUUCAGGUUUGAACCCUUGUAGAAACUAAACAGGAAGUGUAGGGGGCGCUGUUCAGACAGGCAGAGCAGAUCAGGUCUGUGGUGGAAGCAUGUGAGCCAGCGGCAUAAUGUGUUGAUUUUAAACCUCCGUAUGUUAGUGAUGUAAUAAAAUACUUUAUGAUUCCAGCAGCACAACAAACUAAAGUUUACAUGUGAUGAUCAUUGUUGAGUUUACAUCCAGGUGGUCAGUAAUCAGAUUACUCUGCCUCUCCCCAGCAGCAUCAAAGCACAGGAACUGCCUUCUAACCUCUGAAAAAUAGAUUUCUAGGUUCAUAUUCAGCAGUAGAGGACUGAAUUUAUCAAAACUUUUGCAGAGUGUUUUUAUCCAGAUUCAAACAAAAAACAGUCCAGGUGUGGGAGUGGGACGAUGUUCUAGAAGUUUUAUUACUGACCGUAAACAUUCUGUUUUAUUUUGUCAUUGAUUGUUGUGAUUUAUGGAAAAAGAAAAAUAUAAUGUGUUGGUAAACAAUGCUCUGCUGUUUCCUGUCUCUUCUCCAGAUAGUCCAGAAAAUAUUCCUGUAAAUAAAACGAGUAUGACACUGCCCUCACCUGCAUCUGUCAGAAAAGGAAAGAAGUUCAUCUGUUUUAUCAUCUGUCAUGAAACUUUCAGUCAGAUUUAUUAGAUAUACUUUAUAAAUAGGACUUCUUCUGUGCAUUUCCAACCACUUGUACAGUUUUCUAAAUGUGAAUGUGUGUGACUGUAGUGAAUCGUGUUGUGUUGAACCAGAGGACAUCUCACUGCUGUGGAAAUGUGCUGUGAAGUCUUUGUUUCUAUCCUGAAUGAAAGAACCUCCUCUAAAACAAA